ACACUACUUCACAAAACUAUUUGCAGUACAAGGAAACCGGUUCUCCCAUAUUCGCCACCUUCGACGCCCUAUGUUUAGAAUCGACUAAAUAACAAAGUGAGAGCAAAACUGUAUCGAAACGGGGAAAGUCUCUCGGAAAGAGAGCCUCUGUCUUAUCAUUUAUCACCUGCUGAUUCGCGAACGAAGCCGAUGGAGAGCGAAGUUGUCCUUCCCACGAAUGGGGUGAUGAAAAAAUGGACAAACUACGUGAAUGGAUGGCAAGAUCGAUACUUUGAAAUCACAGAGGGAAAUCUUGUUUAUUAUCUGUCAAAAGCCGAAAAAUCCCACGGAUGCAGAGGAAGCAUAUUUCUCAAAAGUGCAAUAAUAGCUGCCCACGAAUUUGAUGAAAACGAAUUCUCAAUAUCUAUGGGCGAAAACGUUGUCUGGUAUUUGAAAGCAGAGAAUUCACAGUCAAAACUUCUAUGGAUGCGAUCAGUUGUCCGGGAAACAGUACAAAACGAUUCGGAUUAUAGCUCGACUAGCACUAAAAGUCAUUCCCGUAAUCCAUCGGUUUCCUCAGUUCUUGCUACUAAUAAUCAAAAAUCUGAUGAUAAUGAAUCAACGAAGCUUUUUGCCACGAAACUCUCCGAACUCGAAGCAUACCGAACUAUGUGCAAGGAUCAGAUGACAUCAAUCGAAAGACUUCUGGAACAAGGUGGAGCCAGUUGUAUUGUCCCACAAGCCACGAUUCUAUCAGUAAAAGCAACACAUUUAGCAUUGAUUGUUAAUAUUAAUCAUAUCGUGGAUCUCGUCAAGACUUCUAAAGUGGUAAUACCAAACAUUCCAUCUUCUUCUUCAUCCACUCCACCACCAUUUCGGGAACCUUUAUGUGCAACUAGAAGUGUUUCUUCUUCUGUUCUUCGUCGUGAAUCUAUUGUUGAACAAGAAUACAUGUCUGACGAUAAUUCAACAAUGACAACUUCUACGAUUAUUGCAAGACCUGAUAUUGAUGUGACAAGUGAUUGUGAUGAGUUCUUUGACGCCGACGAGUUUGAUGUGGACUCGAAAAAUGGAGAUACCGUUGAAAAAAGACAAGAAGAGGUGGAAGACAAGAAAAAUGGAAAUAUAGUUGUUCCAGAGGAAGAGAAAAAGAAGACUAGCUUCAGAAUUGAAGGAAACCCAGUUACUGGUCACUAUGACGACCUCCUCGUGAGCCAAGAACACUCUCUUUACACCACAAUCGAUAAGCUCGCUCUAGAACAGCUCAAAUAUGCUCUUGCCGGUGCUGAGGAUAAUGUAUGGAGUCUGUUCGCUGAAGACGGUCCAAUGAGAAUGUAUACAAGACAAAUUGAAGAUGAAGGAGGUGUUCCUGUUGAUCCAUUAAAGGCGAUACAUGCAGUUGAUGGUGUCACUGCACUGGAAUUCAUGCAUUAUUUCUAUGAUGCACGGUAUAAAAUGCAAUGGGACCAUACGCUGGAAGCGAUGAGCGUUGUUGAGCACAUUUCACCGGAUUCUGUGGUUCUACAUCAGAAACAUAAAACAGUUUGGCCUGCUGCACCGAGAGAAUCAUUAUUCGUUUCACACAUUCGACGAGUUGAUGAGCACAAGAGGGAUGGAGCACAUGAUUUGUAUAUUGUGUGCAAUAGAGAUAUUCAAAGAGCCGAUGUUCCGCUUGGAUCCUCAUCUUCUGUGAGAGUUGGACUAACGGUAUCAAUGAUCUGUGAGACUACAGUGAAGGAUCCACAUAUUGAUCGAAAAUUAACGAGAGAUGAUGUUAAAUGCAAUAUUAUUUAUGUUUCGCAAGUUCACCCCGGCGGAUGGGUACCAACUGCAGCUCUUCGUCACGUCUACAAAAAAGAAUAUCCGAAAUUUUUGAGAACUUUCACCGAAUUCGUCAAAAAGAAUGUGAAGGGAAAGCCUGUCAGCAUUUAAAAUGUACUAAUAAACUUCUGAUGUGCCAUUUCAUGUGUAUUCCGUUCCCGAUGGUCCUUUUUUUCUGAAAAUUCUGUAACUUAUAAUGUACAAUAGUCGUUUUUCGUGUAUUAGCUACUUGGUUGUGAACUGAACUAACUGAUUGAUAAAGCAUCUAGGAAUUUUUCCCAUAUGUGUAAUAAUUUUCACAAUGAAAUUUUAAAGUUU